GGAAACUAUAGAGAGCGUAGGUCAGAAAUGCUUUCGUUUGUAAACAAAAAACCUGGCUACCACUGGAAAAUUCCGGGAAGCAUCUAACAAGAAUCAAAUUUAUGUAAAGUAGAGUGGUUAAAUAUUAUUCAAUAGCAUGUAUUCAUAAAAGUAUUCAGUUGAAAUGGCACAAGAAGUACCUGUACGUGUUGUUGUAAGGGUAAGACCACUACUUGCCAAAGAGAAGCUCCAUCGCCAUGAGCAAUGUGUGCGUGUCCUGUCAAACUCUCACCAAGUGGUGCUAGGCCGGGACCGAGCCUUUACCUUUGACAGUGUCCUGGGUUCAAAGAGUACUCAGGAGGAAGUGUAUAGCACUUGUGUUGAAGGACUUGUUUCCAGUCUGUUUGAGGGUUACAAUGCAACAGUAUUCGCUUAUGGUCAAACUGGUUCUGGGAAGACGUUCACAGUUGGUGGUGGUAAUUACAUCAACAUAACGAAUGAUGAAUAUGGAAUAAUACCAAGAGCUGUGCAACAUAUAUUCAACAAAAUAAAGUCCAAUGAAAAUGUGGAACAUACCAUUACUGUGUCAUACAUUGAAAUCUACAAAGAGGAACUACGUGACCUCCUGGAUAGAGAGACUAGCAGUAAGGACAUGCACAUCAGGGAGGAUGAACAUGCCAACACAGUUAUAAUUGGAGCCAAGGAAACGCCAUGUGGUUCAAUGGAAGAUGUGAUGAGUUGCCUUGCGUCUGGUUCCUCUCAUCGUCAGACAGGUUCUACGAAUAUGAAUGAGCAUUCUAGUCGAUCUCACGCUAUCUUCACCAUAGUCUUGCAUCAAAAUUGGCAGGAUGAAGAUGAGAAAGAUAGGAAACCAAACAAAAACCAUGAGGAUGAUGUGACAUACAAUCACCUUAGAACGUCCAAAUUCCACUUUGUGGAUCUAGCUGGCUCAGAAAGAGCCCAUCGUACUGGAAACGCAGGAGAAAGGUUCAAAGAAUCUGUUUACAUCAACAGUGGUCUCUUAGCAUUAGGUAAUGUAAUUAGCGCCCUCAGUGACCAGAAGAAGAAGAAUGCUCAUAUCCCAUACCGAGAUUCAAAGAUAACAAGGAUCUUGAAGGACUCCCUCGGUGGUAAUGCCAAGACAUGUAUGAUAACGUGCAUUAGCCCAUCAGCAGUCAAUUUUGAUGAGACGUUGAACUCUCUGAAAUAUGCGAACAGGGCUAAAAACAUAAAGAAUAAACCAAUAGUGAACCAGGAUGUUCAGUCUAUUAGGAUGGAGGAGAUGCAAACUGAAAUCCAAGCACUACGAGAGGAGUUACAGCGACAGAAGACCGCGUUCGGAAAUGCUGAACAGAGUGGAGAAGAUAAAGAGAGAGUCCUCACCCUUGAAAAGCAAAUGCGAAGUAUCAAAACAACAUGCGCUCAUUUCAAAGUGUGCACCGAGGAAGCAAAGAAGAUUUUCAUGGAUCUUUUGAACUUACAAGUGGUGAACAAACCCCAGGCUGGAUCUAUUCAGAAUUGGAUGGAUCUGGUAGAGGAGGCUAACAGCCACAUAAAUUCUGAGCAGGAGGAAAGUGACCAAGGUAGCACCAGAGUGGCUGAAUUGGAGUCUAAAUUGAAGAAGGCCCUGGCUGAUCUUGCAAGUGAUGAGGAAAUUUUUGCUGAGAAAGUCAAGGAAGCAAACAUGCUACAAGAACGUGUUGAAGAAUUGGAGAAAUCUGGGCUAGAGAUGGCAAGUUUUGUUGAAGAAGCAAUGGAGAGAAACAGACUGCAAGAGGAAGCCUUAGUACAACAGCAGAUUAAGAUUGAUGAGUUGACUGAGCUGCUAAGGGACCUUGAAGAUAAGGAAAGACAAAAUGUGAGCACAAUAGACCCUUUGCCAGUUUCAAGUCGAAGAGCAAAGUCAGUGCCUGCUCAUUUGAUUGGUCGAAGAAGAACGACCUCUGAAUCUGGGGCUAGUGGUCCAGAGAGACCCCAAAGUAGGCGCUUACACACAAGUCCACCCUUGUUUUCUCUAGAUCGUAUUGUUCAGGGUUUCCGAGCCAGAAGUCAGGUUCUUGUGAAGCGUAUUGAAGAUGAUGAUGAAGUGCUCCAUCAGCAGUUUGGUGGCUCCCUUGAAGAUAGCUCUGAUGAUUCUGAAUUUAGUGCUAAUAAUAGCCCAUUGGGUCAAACAUGGAGUUACAAGAAGACCAUGAAGUCUGCUCCUGGUGGGACAUCUCGCAUUGGAAGGAAAAGUAAAAUUCCAACUGGUACAAUGGUAUUAAAUGAUGGUCUUGAAAGAUCAGAGUUGGAUGUAGAUGAUUUAAGAACAAGCACCGAACAAAAUGAAAAGAAAGUGCGAGAGUCACAACUACGUUCCAAUCAGGCCCACCAGAAAAUGAGAGAACUCACUCUGAAUAUAAGGCUAAAAGAGGAGCUCAUUAGGGAGUUAGUGAAAACUGGCAAAGAGUCUGAAGCCAUGAAUAAGAUGUACACAACGAAGAUUAAAGAACUAGAGAAGGAGUCAUCGUUGGCCAAGAAGGAUUUGAUGGAAGCACAGCAUGCACUGCAGGACUUGGAAUCCAGGGGACAAGAAGAAACUAAGCAAAAACAAAAGCUCAGAAGUGAAUAUAAAAAGAAGAUGGAAGAGGCAAGAAAUAAGAUGAAACUUCUAGAGAAAAAACAACAGGACACGAAUAAGAUGGUUAAGAUCCAAACCCAGAGUGAGAAACGUGCGGCAGAGUUGGAGGUGGCCAUCGAGAAGAUGAAGAACCAUCAGGAACUGAUGCAGAGAAGACUGAAGGAAGAGAAUGAACGAAAAAUCAAGUUGGAGAGAGAUCUCAAACAAGAUCAAAAGAGAAUCAAGGAACUUGAAAUCAGAAAUUCGCAACAGAAGAAGAUUCUAAGAAGGAAAACUGAAGAGAUUGCUGCUGCCCAUCGGAAGUUGAGGAGUGCAGGUGGUAGCACUUUCACUGACGAACAACUGAAGGUAGAAGAGCAGAAGAAAUGGCUAGACACAGAAGUUGAGAAGGUUCUUGAAAGGAAGAAGAAAGUUCAGGAACUUGAAAUUGAACUGCAAAAGAGGGAGAUUAUUCUUGCAAAGAGAGAGGCCAUGAUAAGAGAGAAGAGCCAACUUGAGAUUAAAAAGCUUAGAUCUAGUACCAUCCUCUCGCAGGACAUCCAUGGACUAGCAUUGAAGAUUAAAGAUGCAGACAGUGCAAUAGAAGAGAAGAACCAAGAACUGAGAAACAGCAUUGAUGACUCAGUAGCAGUUAAGAAAGGAAUGUUGAAAGCUCUUGUUCAGGACCGGGACAAAUUAGUCCAGCAGAGGAGCGUUCUAGAUGAGAAAUUGCAACUUGGAAGCAUAUUAUCGCCACACGAAGAAAGAAGGUUGAUUGAACUGAAUGAAGGGAUCGAUGCCCUUGAUGCAGCAAUUGACUACAAGAAUGAGAUCAUUUCCAACAGAGAAGAACACCUGCAGGCAAAUAGCUUAUCACAGAGCGAGUCGGAGUUGAUGGGUCGUUUAGGUUCAUUAUCAACUGUUGAGACUAAAGCACUUCUUGCCAGAUACUUCGAAAAAGUUGUGGAUUUGCGAGAAAGUGAGAAGCAAAAAGAACUUGAAGUCAAUGAAUUAGAGAUGAAAAUAGACGAACAAGAACGACUUGUCCGGGAGUUAGAUGGUGCGCUCCAGAGAGCCGAGAUAGAAAUGGAUCGCAAAAUUACAGAACAACAGAAGCAACAUCAAGAGCGAGUCCAGUUUCUUAUGAAACAGAUUGAAGAGCAGUCUGGUAGUAGCACCCCAAGUUUGAUUGAUACAAAGAUAAAGGCGCUUGAGAAAGACUUGUACUAUUACAAGAAGACAAGUCGCGAUCUAAAGAGAAAGUUGAGGGAAUUUAUUGGAAGUGCUGCCUCUUCUUUGAAUCAAAAUGGUCAAGACAGUGACCAUCAACGAGGUAGUGAUUCUGUUGAGCAACUACUGAAAGAUGAUCAGCGAAGAAACCUGACACCUAUAAGGAAAUCGAAACGUGAAGUUAGGGAAUUAAGUUCAGCCGAGGUAUCCAUGAGGUGGUCCAGUAGCAGCCAAGCAGGCAAUGCCAACAUCAAUGAUUCUCUUGAAAGUGACCAUAAUCCUUAGCAGAACAGUUUUCACCAGAGUAAGAGUCUCUCAAACAUUCCAAACAUCGGUCAUGCCGUCCACCUGGCCAAAGAUUGAAAAUGUAGCCUUAAGUUCUUAUGUCACUCUAUGCUUUUCAAUUUUUAUGUUGGCACACUCUUCUAAAAUUCCAAAGAGUUAAUCUGAAGAAAAUUGCUCUAGAGUAAAAUAAUGUUACUUGAUGGUUAAGCGACAGGCUUCCAAUCUUCAUUGUUGGGUUCAAUUCUAUCAUAUGGCUCAUUGCAUUGCUUGUUUCCUAUAACUAUACAUGUAUUCAUCCAUAAAUUAUUAAUUUAAACAUUCAUUUAUACUUAUGAAGUAUGAAUGUAUAUACCUGCAAGUGUGACUAUAUUAUAAUUAUUACAGAAUUUGUUAAAUUUUGCUGUACAGUAUAUAUAUUUUCAAUGUGGGUGGGUAUUAUUAUUAUUUAUGCAUAGCACUAUGUACACAUUUUAAAAAUUUAUAUUAUUGUGAAUGAUAAAAUAGUAUUUUAAUUGUCUAAUAUUUCCUUCUAUUCAGAUUUCUUUCUAUUUUGUCAGUCGUGAAACAUGAAAAACUUUUUUCAAAACUGGUUUCUACAUUGUUUUUUUCUCUGUAUAUUUCUAUGUUGGCCUUCUGUUCUAUGUUUAGUGUGAUGAAUUGCUAGUCUAAUUGAUGUGAUUCUUUGAAUUCUGUCAUUAGCCAAUUUCAAUUUACAUACUAAUUACAAUAAUCAUGGAUAUCAAGUAAAUAUCCAAUUAGAUAUAUUUAUGGAAUUACAGAUUGAAUUCUGUAUUUAUAUGCCUUCAUUAUGACUUUCAUUAUAUAAUAUUUUACAUUAUCGAUUUUUCAAUGCAUUUCAGCUGCCAUAAGCUUCUUAAUGUACAGUCAUAAUAGUGGCUAUGUUAAAUGUGACCUCUGACCUUUAAAAUGCCUUAUUUUGUCUAUUGCAUGUACAUGAUUAGAUUUUGAAAUAAGUUUUUCACUCUCAGGUUUCUCUUUAAUGUUCACAAUAUACAUACAUAUGUACAGUAUGUAUACAUUUUCUCAGAAAUUUUCCCACAUCUUUGCAUUUUUAUGAUUUUAUUACCCACUAGGCCUACGUGGAAAUUUACGUAAUGCCCAUCGUGUCACUGAACCUGAGAUCUAAAACAAAUGGGCUAUCUAAAACCCGAAUCUCUUAUUUUAUUUAUUAAAACAAUUUACUCCAACAAGCACUGAUAAUUUGAUUCUCGCGACAGUUCUCCACUGAAAUCAAAUGAAUUCCAUUGAAACCCAUUUUUUAAUGUUUUUUUAGUUUUUUUUAUUUAUGUUCAUUACUCCUUUAUGUUUUUACACAUCCAGUUGAACUUGCCUAAAUUGAAUCCAAAAUGGCAUUGAAAAAUUGUUAGACUUAAACUUAGGCAAGUUUAACUGUACAUGCAAUCUGGCCUCUGUGCCACAAGGUGUAUUGUGUAUUUUGAUAUGAUUUUUAUAAUUAAGACAAGAUCUCAGAAGUGAUACAUUCCAACUAUAGUUUCCUGCUUGAUUUCAGAUGCCUUAACCAAGUAGGCUAUUGGGGCUUCAUGAAUUUGUCAGACGGUAGUUUGCAAUGGGUUCCAAAACAGGUGGAGGUUGAUUUGCUUUUCAUUCUUGGUUAGUCCUCUUCUGUUAAAAAAAAUCAACCUCCACCCAGACAUACUGUAUAUAAUGUAUGUAUAUAUUUAUGAAUUUAAUUUUUUGUUUGCGACAGUAUUUUGAAGUGCACAUGCCCAUAUCAAUUGUUAGUCAACAUAAUACACAACAUAGCUUUAUGUUGAUUCACCUUGGAUAUAGGCAUGCACACUGACUUAAGCCUGGUUCUUACAAGAGCCCUAGUAUGAGGUUCGGGAGCUGACCGUUAGUGCUAACCGUUAGCACCUGCGUGAGAACGGUUAGCGCUAACCGUUAGCAGUAUCCGGAUACCGCUAAUGGUUAGCAAGCGCUAUCGGUUAGCAAGUUGAGCGCUUUUCUAUCAUCAACCAUUCA